AUCAACUUACACACAAUGACAAUAAUGAACCCAUUUUGUUUGAAAUUAAUUAUUCAAACCAUAUUUUUAACGCUUUUGGUGUUGCAAGCAGACCUUGUUUGUUCAAAAGAGGUUGUUAAAUGCAUUCAAAGUGAGAGGCAUGCACUUCUUCAAUUCAAGGCUGGUCUUACCGAUGAAUAUGGCAUGUUGUCAUCUUGGACGACGGCAGAUUGCUGCGAAUGGUAUGGAAUUGGUUGCAGCAACCUCACUGGUCAUGUACUUAAGCUCGACCUUCAUGGUGACUAUAAUUAUUAUAAUGAUAAUGAUGGCAAUAAAUUUUAUAUCAUGGGUGAUAUCCACAAGUCAUUGAUGGAGUUGCAACAGUUACAAUAUUUGAACCUCAACAGAAAUAAUUUUAGAGGGAGUCAUGUCCCAGGUUUCUUUGGAUCUUUAAGAAACCUAAGAUACCUUGAUCUUUCUUAUUGCGGUUUUGGAGGACAAAUUCCUAUUCAAUUUGAGUCACUUUACCAUUUGAAAUACUUGAAAAUUUCCGGCAAUGAUCUGGAUGGUUUGAUUCCUCAACUUGGAAAUCUCUCCAACUUGCAAUUUCUUGAUCUUAGCCGCAAUCUUUUGGAAGGAAGCAUUCCAUCUCAACUUGGAAAUCUCUCCAACUUGCAAUUUCUUGAUCUCCUUGGAAAUUCUUUUAAUGGAAAAAUACCUUCACAACUUGGAAAGCUUACCAACCUACAAGAGCUUCAUUUCGGAGGAUAUAGUCUUAGUUCUCUAACAAUUGACAACGGAGAUCACAACGGAGGUCUGGUUAUCUAAUCUUACUUCUUUAACCCAUCUUCACAUGUUGUC